AUGAAAACUGAGAUAAAGAAAUUUAUCAAGGAGUAUGAAGUUUGCCAAAGAAAUAAAGUUGAAAAUGUUCACCCAGCUGGGUUGCUUCAUCCCUUGAAAGUUCCUCAAGUAGUUUGGACUGAUAUAUCUAUGGGUUUUGUGGUGGGAUUACCUAUGUCUGAAGGCUACUCAGUUGUUAUGGUGAUUGUUGACAGGCUUUCGAAAUAUGUUCAUUUCUUGCCUUUAAAACAUCCUUUCACAACAGUUAAAGUGGCCUCAGUUUUCUUGGAUCAUGUUUUUAAAUUACAUGGCAUGCCAAAAUCCAUUAUAUCAGAUCGUGGCUCUACCUUCCUCAGUUCCUUUUGGAAGGAGUUCUUCAAGUUACAAGGUGUGAAUCUUCUGGCUUAUUCUUCAGCAUACCAUCCUCAAAGUGAUGGUCAAACUGAGGCUGUAAACAAGUGUUUAGAGCAAUUUUUAAGGUUCUUUUCAGUUUAUGGUGUCCCACCUACUCCACUUCGAGACUAUGUUCCAGGUCUCUCAUCUAAUCAUGUUGUGGAAGAAUUGUUGAAGUCUCAUGAACAUAUAUUAGACAUUUUGAAGACUAAUAUGUUGUUGGCACAAAAGAGAAUGAAAUUUCAGUAUGAUAAACAACAUACUGAGAGGACUUUUGCAGUGCGGGAUUGGGUGGCUUAUUGCCUUGAGUUACCUCCACAAUCACAAUUACAUCUUGUUUUCCACGUCUCUUGUUUAAAGAAGAAGGUUGGACAACAUAUUUCUCCUUUGACAACAUUGCCUCCAGUGAAUGUUCAAGGAGAAAUUGCACCUGAGCCUCAAAAUAUUCUACAGCACCUUAGCAGGAAGGUGAACAACAGAGCAAUGGUAGAAGUUUUAGUUCAAUGGGUAGGAACUGAUGCUGACCAAGCUACGUGGGAACCUUAUUGGCAACUAAGGCACUUCCCUCACCUUGUGGGCAAGGUGCUUUGA